AUGCCGAUCGAGGAGUACGAGGAGAUCCUCCACCGCUACGCCGCUCAAGAAGGGGAAAAAGGCGCCAACGAAGGCGAGCCGGAAACCGAAGGCGAGAAGGCAGGGAGGGAUCUCCCUCAGGGGAUUCUCCUUCGCGAACGAAACGGCAUGCGUGAGAUGAUUCCCCCCACCUGCGAGAUGUGCUGCCGGGAGUUCAUCCAUCGCCUGGAUGGGCUCACCGACUUCUUCGUUCGCGGCACCCUCUCCCUGGAGUUUCACAUCCGCAAGAGUAAACGGCUCUUUUACGACGAAAGAGAUGUACUAAUCGGGAGUGAGGAAGGGGAGGAUAGUCUAUGCUACUUCACCACCCUCGCGGAGCUUCGCGAGAAAAUCCGGCAGCUGCUCGCCCGACGGCAUGGAUUUGAGGUGUGCGCGGCGGAUCUUGAAAUCCUACGAAGACGGCGGCUUCUGCGUUUUAAACGCGCCUUGCCGGCGGGUCGGCAACCUAGAAACAGGGCGGAAGGAUCGCCCGCGACGGAGUUGAAUAGCCUCCCUGAGGAAUCUCCUAAACCCGACUCUGCGUCUUUACCCUCGAAGAACGCUCUUGCGGCUUCCUCGUUGGAUGGGUUGACGCUCUAUGAGCUCGGCAUCUGCAAUGAGGAUACGCUGAACGUGAACCUCACCAGCUCCGUCGCCGCCCGCUGCACGCCCGACGACGACAGCGAAUCGGAUUUGGACACCGACCUUGGAAAGCUAUCCCGCUUUAAAGAGAUGAUCAGACGGAAUCGGGAAGAUGCGGGAGCCGCGAAUGAGAGGUCCACCGCGACCUUUGCGGAGACGCGUCUACGAUCGAGCAAUUGCACGGCGCCCGUCGCUUCGCAGGCGAACCAUCCGAAUUCCACCACCUCCCCUUCGUCGAUCGUUGAUUCCGGCGAUUGUGCGAAUCGUCUCACGGAGGAUCAAACCACUGGUAUUAGUUGCGAGGUAUGCACGUUUUUGAACGCAAAUGGGAUGGUCUUCUGCGAGAUGUGCGAGUCACCGUUGCCGUUGAAUAAAAAUUCAGCGAUCGCCGCGUAG